CUUUCUGUUUCUCUUAUUAUUUGUACAGCAAGACGAAAAAUCCAUUGUAAUGUCGGAGGACGCAGCAGCAGACACAGUGGUUGUUGAACCAAAGCCUGAGGAUGCAAAACCCGAAAAGAAAGCUAGUAAUAAAUCGUUUAAAAAGAAAUCAACACCAGCAAGCAAGAAAAAGAAGUCAAAGCAAGCACCAUCUGAUCAUCCACACUACAGAGACAUGAUACGAGAUGCGCUAACAAGUCUUAAGGAGAGAGGUGGAAGUUCGAGACAGGCAAUCCUUAAAUACAUUAUAGGAAAUUAUAAAAUUAGUGUAGAAGAAAAAACCGCAAACAAUCAUUUAAAAAUGGCUUUAAGAGCAGGAGUAAAAAAUGGAACUUUGACUCAAAGCAAGGGACAAGGUGCUUCUGGUUCGUUUAGGUUAGGGGAAGUCAAAACAAAGAAAUCCAAGACCUCUUCGAAGAAGAAGGAAACUGUUUCAUCUCCUAAAAAAAAGGUUAAGAAACCUGCAUCACCAAAAAAGGCUAAAAAGCCAGCACCGGCGAAGAAGACCAAGAAAUCUAAACCAGCAAAAAAGGCAAAAUCUCCAAAGAAAAAAGCUGCGAAGAAAGUCAAAGCAAAAGGAGUGAAGGCUUCCGAAGAAACGCCUCAAGCUGAAAAAACAGACUGAUCAAUAACAGCAUUCUUUAGUAUUCAUAAGUAUUGUAAUUAUCUGUGUCGUAGCAGGUUACUGUAAUCUUGCCAAGCGAAGGACUAAGGACAGUUUUAUGCACAAAAAUGAACGCCAUUCAAAAUGGAAAAUAUUGUGACAUUAGGAUUACAAAACAGUAUUCGUAUUUGUGGUAAUUUGUAGUACUUAAUCAAUUAAAUUGAUUUUAUAUUUUA